CCACUGUCUUCUGUGAUAGAGGCUGGCACUCGAAAAAAGUGCCAGUCUGAAGAGUAUAUGAAAUUGAUCACCUCGACGGGGAGGGGCCCCAGGAUUGAAAAUCCUGAGGGAAGAAGACUCUGGCUGGAGAGCAGUGAGGGUCUCUCCAUCUGAUGUCGAAGAGAGAAGGUGGAUAAAGACUUUCUCCGGAUGGUUACCCAUUUUUCCUGCUGGUGACUGGAAAUCUUUCCCCCCAACACUUCCCAAUUGAAGGGAUUUUCUGAAGAGACACCUGAGCAGACUUUACCUCAACUGCUGUUUUCCAGGGCAUGUCAUUUGACAUUUGAUUUGCCAGAAGCAAGGUCAGUGGAGUCCACUAUCAUUGAUUUGAAUUUUGGAAUAUAAUACCACCAUGGAAAAAAGCACAAGUGAUUUGUUUCCACGGAGGAAAAGUGCAUCUGAGGAAACACUCCAAUCAAGCUGCGAUGAAGAAGAUCCACUCCGAGGAAUGGAGCCGUACCUCGUCCGGAGACUCUCCUGUCGGAAUGUCCAGCUUCCUCCAUUAGCCUUCAGACAACUGGAGCAAGCCGACUUGAAAAGUGAAUCAGAGAACCUGCAAAGGCCCACCAGUCUUCCAUUGAAGAUUCUUCCAUUGAUUGCCAUAACAUCGGCAGACUCCAGUAGCAGGUAAGAACAAAUUCUAUUUUGAAAAAUUAUUUUGAUGAAUUGUAUAUUUUUAAAACUUUGGCUCACUAAGUUGGGAAAAAUAGUACAUAUGUUGUAAAGAGAAAGAAGGAUGAUUUGUACAUAGCAUGCUCAUCCUUUGAGGAAGAUCAAUUUUGGAAACAUUCCUAAGGUCGAAAACACAUUAGUAAGUAAAUGAUAAGCAACUGGGAAUAGCUUACUAUUGCUGGAAAAAAAUAUGCUGGGCAAGUGUAAUUCAAGAGAAAACUCCAAGCAAAUUAGAACUAAUAGAGAAAUUACUAUUUGAGCAUAUGUAUCUAGAAAUAGUAGGCACUGUUCAUUGAUGCAAAAUGAAUUUGAAAUCAUGGAGAGAUCAAUUAUGCUGUAAUUAGAGUCAAAGGAAAAUAUGUAAUUACAUUCUUGCAUAGAGUAAUGUAGCCUAUAGCACUUGGAGGUUCUGUUCACUAGAACACUGUUUUCGUUCUAAGCCCAAGACAAUUUUUAAAGCUGUGAAAGAGCAGUGGAAAGACUUCAACUAGUAAAUGUAAGCAAGAUGGUGCUUCUUAUUCAAUAUCUUCUGAGAUAGUUAUCCAAUGUCUUUUCUACUUCGCAAAGAAUUUAAAUGUUUUCCAUAUUUCCUUGCCCUUUUUUCUUCCAUUUCACUCACUCACACACACACACAUACACACACC